AUGAGUCUCUCCGCGAGACUGGCUUGGCGGGCGACGACGAGGUGUGCUGCGAUUGCAAGACCUGCUGCCACAGGGUUUGCGCCGAGAGCGACCAUAGCUGCAUCGUCACGAUGCCUCUUCUUCACGAAAGCGCAGUCACAGCUAGAUCAUAAGACCCAGCCGAAAGUGCCAGAGGAAAAGCGUGCUGUACCACCGUCUGUGACGCAACUUGAUGCCAAACCAUCCCGCCCUGCCGCCGUCCUCCACGAAGAUAUCUAUACGCUGCCCAACAUCCUGACCUUCACACGUCUCGCUGCCGCCCCCGUGAUAGGCUAUCUCGUCUUGCAUGAUCAGCACGCAUGGGCCGUUGGCCUCUUCGCCUACGCAGGUAUAACCGACUUGCUAGAUGGAUGGAUUGCGAGGCGAUGGGACAGCAAGACUGUUGUGGGUACCGUUAUUGACCCCAUGGCCGAUAAGACACUCAUGACCAUCCUUACAGUCUGUCUUGCUGUGAAGGGUGCCUUGCCAAUCUGGUGUGCGGGCAUCAUCCUUGGCCGUGACGUUGGCCUUGCUAUCUCUGCCAUAUAUUACCGCUGGAUCUCCCUCCCGCCGCCAAAAACAUUUGCUCGCUACUGGGACUUUUCACUUCCGUCAGCUGAAGUGCGUCCCACGACAAUCAGCAAAUACAACACCUUCCUACAGCUUGCCCUCGUCGGAAUCACCACUGCUGCGCCUAUCUUGACAUAUGACCUGGCAUCUGCACUGACAGUCAUGCAAUAUGUUGUCUCUGGCACCACUAUCUGGAGCGGCGCAAGCUAUAUCUAUACAAAGGAUGCGGUCAAGAUCCUUAAUAAGCAAACUCCUAAAAAGCCUUAG